AGGUCUCCGGCUGCAUAUUCCACAUUUCCCAGGCGCAUCAUCAGAGCUGACGUGGGCUCUACGUGUGCAGUGAGUCGGGCUUCCUCUCCACCCGUAACGAGUGACGAGACUCUACGUAAAACUCGGAGCGCUGACUGUGCAUUUCCUGUCUGCUCUGUUGCCAGGCCGAUCUCCAUGGAAACUGCAACCAUAGCGCAACAGGAAACCAAUGCAACUGAGAAAGUAACAAGUGAGGUGAAUGAGGGUGUGUCUGUGGGGUCAUUACCUGAUGGACAGACACUACAGGUGCAGGAAGUCAUUCAGAGCACACAGCCCUCUGUUAUCCAAUCACCUCAGAUAAAAACUGUGCAGGUAGUUGUUGAUACUGGUGGAACAGGUUCAAACCCAUCAGAUCCUCAGAAGAGAAGGGAGAUUCUGUCCAGACGACCAUCUUACAGGAAAAUUUUUAAUGAGUUGUCAUCAGAUGUACGUGCCGUGCCAAAGAUAGAGGAAGAGGAGAAAGUGGAGGAAGAAACCCUGGCCACCUCCAGUGUUGCUACGGUGAUGUCAUCAUCUUCAAUCUACCAAACCAGCUCCGGGCAAUACAUUGCAAUCACUCAGGGUGGAGCGAUACAGCUGGCUGGCCCUGGAGGAGAGGCCCUGCAGGGGGUUCAGGCUCUGACUCUUCCCAGCCCCACCACACCACAGUCUGGGGCCACUAUCCUGCAGUACGGCUCCCAGCCUGGAGACCCCAGCCAACAGCUACUGCUGACCUCUGGACAGGUGCUCGUUCAGGCUGCCACAGGAGACAUGCCAGCAUAUCAGAUCCGCUCCCCAUCGUCAGGGUUACCACCAGGCGUUGUUAUGGCAGCCUCACCGGGGACGAUGCAUAUCCCACAGCAGAACGCAGAGGAGGCCACACGAAAGAGAGAAGUCCGCCUCAUGAAGAACAGGGAGGCGGCGCGCGAGUGUCGCAAAAAGAAGAAAGAAUACGUGAAAUGCUUGGAGAAUCGUGUUGCUGUGCUGGAAAACCAGAAUAAGACUCUUAUAGAGGAGCUUAAAGCUCUCAAAGACAUCUACUGCCACAAAUCAGAAUAACCCUCACAAACACUGUGCAAGGACUGUGUGAUUUACACACUACCUGUCUCUUCUCUUCUUCUCUUGCAUCACCUGGAUUUGAGCGUUUUUGUUAAUUUGUUUGGCCAAAUGUUUUUAUAAGAAGUUGCUUAUGUUGCUUUGAGGAUGCUCCUCACACACACACACACACACACACACACACACACACAAAUUAUUUCAGACAUUUCUCUGUGUUAAAAAAAAUGGAACUCUUCAUUGAUUAUGUGGAAAAAUGUGUUUUCCUUUUUUUAGGUUGAAAUCAGAACAAGCAAAGUAAAUGGAAUAAGCCAUGUUAACUGGCUACACACUGCACACAUAAGCGGCAUGUUUAGCAUUUUUGGCACUAAGAUCAUUUUUGAUAUGCACAUAAUUUAGCAGUAAAUGUAUGGAAAAUACACUUUCUGUUCAGUAAAUCUGACUAAAUCCAGGCAAGUUAGACCAUUUAUAUUGCUACACGUUGUGUUUUGGACAUAAAUUGGGUCCUUUUUCUCAUGUAUAUUAUAUUUCAAUCAAGUAUGUACAUUUCAAUAUGCAUUUUAUAAUUUGUGAUUAAUAAAGAAAAUAUUUAAAUGUA